AUGUACACCGCGAAGUCCGAUCUGUUCACGAAGUGUCUCUUCUACUUCUUCAAAAUUUUCGGUGUAGCUCCGAUUAGUUAUCGCAGUGGAGUCAUCCCUCCAUUCGCAACUUCCAGACUAGCUAUAUUCCACAAUGUUCUGUUAUCCUGUCCGGUUAUCGGCUUCAGUUACUUCAGCUUGAGACACGCAUUGUACAGCGAUAACGCGGGGAGGAUCGCCUUCGAGAAGAUCGUAGACACGGUACAAACCAGCUUCACAAUACUCACGGCACUUUUCGUGCUGGCUGUCUUCUGUAUCCUCCAGGAGAGGGUCGUGGAUCUCGCCAACAGGCUGCAGGCGAUCUACAAGCUCACGACGUGUAUGACGUAUAAGAUGGGACACGAUGUCAAUAUCGGGCCAUCGUCGCUUCACACAAGCGUAACGCGAAUCAUGCUCGUGACCCUGAUGACAGCAGUUCUGUGGUUCAUCACAACUUUCCUUAACUUCGACGUGUUCUUGCUCUACUUCCUCGUCAUGACUCUGGACAACCUCGUCAUCUUUUCCAUGCUCCUGCAGUACAGCCUCGUCCUGAAGGUUCUCCAUUAUCUCUACCAGUGGGUCAAUGCCGAUCUGACUUCACUCCUCAAAACCGCGAACGCCGACGAUUUUCCGAAGACAAUGACAAGGCUGUCCCAGUUGCGCUGUAUCCACGUCUCCUUGAGCCAUGUCUCCCGAGACGUCUCCUGCUUCUAUUCCCUACCGAUGCUCGUCUGCUUUAUCAACGCGUUUCUAGCGCUGAUCAUCUAUGGUUACUACGUCGUGAAGGCUGUGGUCGUACAGAGCAGCAGCAUACCGACCGUUGUAAUACUGCACUGCCUGGCACUAGUGGUGAUGCACUUACUGUCGAUUGCCAUUCUUGCAAGGGCUGCUGGUAUCACUGUUCGCGAGAGCAAAGCAACGGGGGAGAUCAUCAGUGAGUCGAUAGCAAUUUGUCAAAGUGAACGUGUUGUUAAACAACUGAAGGAAUUCUCGAUAUAUUUGUUGCACAAAAGCGUGGGCUUUUGCGUUUUUCAUCUCUUCCCGCUGAAUGAGACGCUGGUAGUGUCGAUUAUAAGUUCCAUUACUACAUACUUGGUGAUACUCAUACAAUUUAAGGAAAGCAAUCAACAGUGA